AUGUCGAUCAUGAAUGACGAUCAGCGACAGCAGUCGUUCAAACGGUUGCGUGAACCAUGUGUGGAGCUACACUCAGUUGGCACAGCCUUCCGAGGCAAAACCGCCUCUGCUGAAGAUGUGACUCGGGCCCUUGAACCAUUUCACUCGACCUUAAAAGAACUUGCGGAGCAGAAUAAACUGGACGCUAAGCUUGCUGAAUAUGCCUUUUUCCCUCUCACUCAUAUCUUCAAUGAUACACAGCGGGUGCCGACACGGUGCCUUGAGCAAACAGUGCAAUGCUUACAGAUCCUGGUUACAGCCGGUUGGGGUCGAAAGAUACCGCCGUCACUGGGCAAGGAAUUCAUCAUUUUUCUGACAUUGUUGGUGGGAGGAUCACCUUCCAAGGUUGGACAACAACCGUCGAAGAAAGCAACAGAGGAGCUCUCGAUAGCUGGGUUUGAGUGUUUGCAGAUGAUUUUCAACGUCCUGGAAGGCCCAGGUGCGGACGACGAGAUCUACCACAAAAUUGGCAGCGCAACGGUAGUCGAUCAAACCGUUUAUGUUCUAUUGGAUGGAAUUGCGGAUGAGAGAUCAGACGAUGUCUGCGUUGCGGCUGCCAGAGCUUUGCAUGCCCUUUAUCUGCGAAUUACAGACCGUGUGGUAUUGGCAAGCAUCAUGCCAAGAACUAUUUCUACGCUAGCCAAAGUGGUCAAGCCUACAACCCAGACUCGCCGGUCAUACAAGUUGCUAGACAUAUGCUUACAGAUCUCGAACAAUAUCUUGCAAGCGGUACUAAAUGACCGCGUAAUCGCUCAAACAGAGAAGGCCACACCUUUACAGCUCGAAACGGACAAAUUGACGCUUGACCAGUCUUGGCUGAAAGCAACAACUACGCAAAUCAAGCUAGCAUUGGUUAAUCUGAUUCAGGUCCGGCGUCAUCAACGACCAGAAGUUCAGGAUGCAAUGCUGAAGCUCUGUGUCAUGGUGAUAGAGGAGUGCCAAGUCAGUCUUAAGGAUGCCGUUCCUUUGAUGGUUGACACAGUCGUGGUUCUUGCGGAUAAAGAAGACGCAUCGAAUGAGGCUUAUAAUACACUCAUUAAUCUCCUUGCCAAACAUCCCAUCGUGUUGGAUUCUCUCCAGGAGUCGGUUUAUGAAUGGCUCAAGUCAUUUCCCCGGAUAAUGCAAAGCAACGACGAAACGGCCAAGCAGUGGGGAAUUCGGCAGAUCUCAACGGCCUUCCAGGCAUUGUUCGAGGUAAAAUCCAUGUCUGACAUACUGUUAAGCAGCUUGGCAUCUGGUCUUGGUGACAGUAUUGCUGUUGUCGUCAAACUCAGCAAAAGUGAGCCGCAAAUUCUGGCCUCUACUACUCCAGAAAGUUUGAACCUGGAUAUUAUGGGCCCCCGGUCUUUGUCUUUAGAAUUUGGUCCAGUUCUGUUGGAGCAUCAAAGCCAACAACAAACUCUCAGGGACUUGCAAUCUAUGAUAACCAGACUAAACUUAUCCGAAUCCGGGAAUGCGGUGACUCGCUUAAUUGUCAACCGACUGCAAGCUAAAUCGGACGAAACCGUCGUUGGUCCUCUCUGGUUAGCCUUGACGUCCCUUCGCGCGCAAUCAAAAUCCAUGGCUGUCUUUGAUGACUUCCUCGUGGAUGACCUUUCAGACCAAUCUCUGUCUCUGUCUAAGCCUGCGACAAUGAUUGACGAGUUGUAUUACAACUCGUUUCUCAUUUUGAAUGACUUACCAGCCGAUGGUUCUGGUGACUGGCGAACACUGGCCCUUGCCUUAGAGGCAGUUUCUCUUCAAGCCCAACAACUCGGCGAGGCAUUCCGACCAGAGCUCAUGGAUGCUCUGUACCCCACCCUGCAGCUUUUGGCAUCUAAUAACCCAGUUCUUCAGCAACAUUCUAUGACCUGUUUGAAUAUCUUGACCAAGGCUUGCAAUUACCCCGAUACCAGGACUAUGGUUAUCGAAAACGCGGACUAUCUGGUCAACUCGAUUGCUUUGAAGCUUAACACCUUUGAUGUUUCCCCUUACCCACCGCAGGUUCUUUUUAUUAUGGUUAAACUCUGUGGUCCGCAACUCAUCCCGUAUCUGGAUGAUGUGGUCGACUCUAUUUUUGGCAUUGUGGACAUGUAUCACGGUUAUCCAAAGCUAGUGGAAUUGUUAUUCAAGUCUCUGGCGGCCAUUGUUGAAGAAGGAGCAAGAAAUUCAUCGCUCUUGACAAUCGAUAAUGGCCGUGAAAGUGGACCUCGCCAUCACCGUAAGAUUCAGCACCAGCAUCUUUCAAUUUCCACCAUUGCCGCGAAUAUUUUAAAAAGGAAAUCCAAGAGUGUCCAGCAUGACGAAGAGGAAGUGGAUGCUGAAGGAAAAAAAUCACACCCUAAGAAACCUUGGUCAGAGACCUACGACAAGCCACCACCAGAACCCCAAACCGUCGAAGAACUACUGAACCAAGCGGAAUCCGACGAGCCACUUCCACCACCCAAAGAACCAGAGGACACUGAGAAGCCACUGAGCAAGACACACGCUCUUCUUUUACACAUUGUCAAAUCUAUCCCAUCCCACCUUUCUUCGCCAUCGCCGUAUCUCCGACGGUCUCUUCUCGCCAUUCUCAUCGACGUUCUUCCCACAUUGUCGCAGAACGAAAACAGCUUCCUACCUCUGAUCAACGAUCUCUGGCCCUCGGUGGCAUCUCGAGUCAUCUUCCCUUCUUCACUUGCAUCCGAAUCCUCCUCAAAUAGCCUCAUAACUCAAGACACCUCAAACUCUAUCCGCCCCGCCAAUCAACCCGAUACCCAGGUUUUCCAAGAAGAAACUUUCGUCAUAAAAACAGCAUGCGAAGCUAUCGAAGCUAUGUGCAAGGGCGCAGGCGACUUCAUGGCCUCUCGCAUCGAACCCGAAUUCCCCCGCUGGGAACGUCUGUACCAACGCGUCUGGACAAAGGUCAAACAAGAAGCUGAAGCAGCAAACAAUCGCCGUGAUCGUCAGCAGCGUCUGGAAAAGCAAGAACAGGCAGGUUCCAACGCUCCAAAGAUGCUGAUCCAAGACAUGGACACCGACAAGGCCUCGACCUCAACCCCAAAAAUCAACUUCGAAUUUACAUCUUCUCUCGCCCUGUCCCCCCUGACAUCCGGAUCUCGAGCCUUCACCCCACACCACACACUGUGGCGAGCUCUAAUCUCCCUCUUCCUCGCCGUCCUCACGCAUGUCCGCCUGCCUCCCGACAUGGGUGAUCGAAUCUGCGAGAUUCUGGGCGCCUGGAUUGCACUUUUCGUCGGACCGGCAUACUACUUCCAUUCUUCUCGGAAUUCGGAUCCUGCGGCUCCUGGGCUUGCGGGGCUGGACGAUGCGCAGAAGAGUAUGCUUGACUCGGUCGAUUAUGUUAUCCGUGCAAUGGAGACAUGGAAUGAGGAUCUGACUUGGUUCAUUUUUCAGCGCCAGCAAAGUCAGUUGCAGCCUCCUGCUUCUAGACAGCUCGUGUCCCAACAUGAAGUGGAGGAGAUGAACGUGGAGAUUGAUGGGGUGGUACUUGCGUUUGCGAAGCAUGCGUUUUAG